UGCACCAGCAUAAACUGUAUCUCAGUGAGCACAGGACAAGGGUAAAGAGACAGGGGAUAUUCGCUCAGGAGAGAGAGACUACAGCGGGCUGUUGUAAAGCGGAGGAUGGAGCUCGAAGGGAGACACCGGUCGCGCUCCUCAGAAUAAAGAAUAACCUAUUUUAGAUCAGAAAGAGAUAUCCAGAUGACGAAUGUGUUUUUAGCUUGUUUUCCCAAAUUAGAUGCAGACAUAUUCAGUUCGAUCUGAAUGGCAAAUACGUAGCCCGAUCCUAGGCUAUUCGUAGGCUUGGCUAUUUUGACAGCUGUUCAAAAUAGCGCUAUUGCUCAUAUUUGAACAGUAGGCUAAUUAUCAGACCGACAGGUUGGCUAUACAAUCCCACUCAAACCGCAGUGUUGGGAAUUCCUCAAAUGACCGACUCCACACUUGGAUUACACAGCAGAGCAGGGGGUGGAAGGAACAUUGUCGCCGGAGUCCAAACUCUAUUCCGCCUCUCCAGAGUUAUUUUGGUACCCAGCCCGGGACUGUGGCACCCCCGGAUUUAAAAGUGUUUGUCUGGCUUUGAAUGUAAAGCUAUCUGCGUUCCCAGCCCAAUGCUUGAUAUCAGGGGUAUUGUUGAGAUUUUUGUCUUUCUGUUGUUAAAGUAGGCUGGCCUAAUUUUGCAUUAGUUGAAAGUGCAUGUUUAGUAUGAGGUUAUUUUAAAAGUAUUUUUCACUUACAUCGAUAAAUUCCCAGGCUAUACCGAUAUUCCUAAUAAUUGUGUCAUGUGGCAGACAAACUGCCUUGAUAUAAUAUGGGUUUAUGAAUUUGUCAUGUUUUUUUGAGAGGAAACGCCCCUUGAGAGCACCUCCUCUCUUCUCUCUCUGCCACCCACUUAUCCGGCUCGUCCAUCAUUUUGGGAGGUGAACGGUGUUUGUUAGGUUCCCCACGGCGGCUCAGUGUUCAGCACUCAGGCAGGAUGUUCGUCUCCGUGUGGUAUGCCAAAAAAAUGGGCCGGCGGUUCAUCAACAACGUCCGGAAAGCCAAGAAGCAUCCGCACCAUAUAAUGGGAAAUUCUCCUCCAGUGGUGGUGAACACUGACACGCUUGACGGCUCCCCCUACGUCAACGGGACAGAGGGGGAAAUUGAGUAUGAAGAGAUUACACUGGAAAGAGGUAACUCAGGCCUGGGCUUCAGUAUAGCUGGGGGGACAGAUAACCCCCAUGUUGGUGAUGACCCCAGCAUCUUCAUCACCAAGAUCAUCCCUGGAGGAGCUGCGGCCCAGGACGGACGGCUGAGUGUGAAUGACAGUAUCCUGUUUGUGAAUGAUGUGGAUGUGAGGGAGGUGACCCACAGUCUGGCAGUGGAGGCUCUGAAGGAGGCGGGGGCCAUCGUCCGCCUCUACGUGCUCCGCAGGAAACCAGCCGCAGAAAAAGUCACCGAGAUCAAACUCAUCAAAGGGCCCAAAGGUCUAGGUUUCAGCAUCGCUGGAGGGGUGGGUAACCAGCACAUACCAGGAGACAACAGCAUCUAUGUCACUAAGAUCAUCGAGGGCGGGGCUGCUCACAAGGACCAGCGGCUGCAGAUAGGGGAUAAGAUACUGGCGGUGAACAGUGUGUGUCUGGAGGAUGUGAUGCAUGAGGAUGCAGUGGGAGCCCUGAAGAACACAGCCGAGGUGGUUUACCUCAGGGUGGCCAAGCCUAACAACCUCUACCUGAACUCCUACAACCCGCCAGACCUUACCAGCACUUAUUCCGCUCACAUGGACACAGAUCUUGGCCACCCCACCUACCUUGGAUCAGAUUACCCACAAGCCCUCACUCCCACCUCGCCCAGUCGCUUCUCUCCAGUGUUGCACAGCAUGAUGGGGGAUGAAGACCUUCCCAGUCUCCUUUUUCCCCUCCAUUUCUCCUCGUCUCUCCCUGACCCUCCGUCCCUCCCCUUCUCCCCUGCUCUCUCUGUCAGGGAGCCUAGGAGAGUGCUGAUCCACCGGGGUUCUACGGGCCUGGGUUUUAACAUCGUGGGAGGAGAGGAUGGAGAGGGGAUCUUUAUCUCCUUCAUCCUGGCAGGGGGGCCUGCCGACCUCAGCGGAGAGCUGCGCAAGGGCGACCAGAUCCUCAGCGUGAAUGGAGUGGACCUGCGUAUCGCCACCCAUGAGCAGGCUGCGGCAGCCCUGAAGAACGCUGGCCAGACUGUCACCAUCAUCGCCCAGUACAGACCAGAGGAGUACAGUCGUUUCGAAGCGAAGAUCCACGACCUGAGGGAACAGCUGAUGAACAGCAGCAUGGGUUCUGGUCAGACGACACUGAGGAGCAACCCCAAGAGAGGCUUCUACAUCAGGGCCCUGUUUGACUAUGAUAAGACAGCAGACUGUGGUUUCCUGAGCCAGGCGGUGGGCUUCAGGUUUGGUGACGUGCUCCAUGUCCUGGACUGUGGUGAUGAGGAGUGGUGGCAGGCCAGACGGGUCAGCCCGCAGACAGACGUUGAGGAGGUCGGCUUUAUUCCCAGCAAACGCAGGGUAGAAAGGAAAGAGUGGUCUCGCAUGGGCACCAAAGAGAGGGAUCGCAGUCGGGACAGCCUCGGAUCUCAAGGGAGGGACGAUUCUCAACACAGCUAUGAAACAGUGACACAAGUAGAGGUGCAUUAUGCCAGGCCCAUCAUAAUAUUGGGUCCCAUAAAGGACAGGGUAAAUGAUGACCUGCUGUCAGAGUUCCCUGACAAGUUUGGAUCUUGUGUCCCUCACACCACGCGGCCCAAGCGGGAGUACGAGGUGGACGGGCGGGACUACCACUUUGUGUCGUCACGGGAACAGAUGGAGAAGGACAUCCAGAGCCACCGCUUCAUCGAGGCGGGCCAGUACAACAGCCACCUAUACGGCACCAGCGUCCAGAGCGUGCGAGAGGUGGCGGAGCAGCAGGGGAAGCACUGUAUACUGGACGUGUCGGCCAAUGCUGUCCGCAGACUACAGGCCGCUCAGCUACACCCCAUCGCCAUCUUCGUCCGGCCCAAGUCACUGGAGAAUGUCCUAGAGAUCAACACUCGUCUGACAGAAGAGCAGGCCAGGAAGGGCAUGGACCGCGCUCUCAAACUGGAACAGGACUUCAUAGAGUGCUUCUCAGCUCUGGUGGAAGGUGACAGCUUCGAGGAGGUUUACCACAAGGUGAAGACGGUGAUCGAGGAGCAGUCGGGGCCUUACAUCUGGAUCCCCACCCGGGAGAGGCUGUGAGGCUGCACCAUAACCCACCUCCACCCCCCAACCACCCUCAGCCAGUCUGCCCUCCAGCCCAACCAGCGCUCAGAGAGACAGAGAGAGAGACACAGAGAGACACUAAGGCAGACACACACAAACACACACAGGGGGACACGUGAAGAUAGAGACACAUAAUCACACAGAGAGAGAGACACAGAGUAAUACUAAAAGAGAGACACAGGUAUAGAAACCCAGAGAAACAGGUAAGGACAGUAUUUAAUCAGUAUUCAUAUAUAAUCCAUGUGUGGUGAGUACUGAGCGAGACUGGAGAGAGGUGACCAAGUUGGGCGUGGCAAGGCAGGGCGGUGGGCGUCCCCAGGAUAAGCACAGGGUAACGGCUCUGCCAUCUCCCCCUCUCCGUCUCCCUCAGUCUCAUUGGCUGCCUAUGACAUCCCCACUGACAAACAGGCGGGCAAAACCAUCAGCAGCCCCUACGAUCCCUCUUUUUUUAUAUCCCUUAGCCUCCUCUCCUCCUCCUGUCAACUCUCUCUCUCCAUUCAGGACAUGAAACGGAGAGAGAGAGAGAGAGAGAGAGAGAGAAGGAGUGCAUAGACUAUGGAGGGACACACAGAUCAUAUUGAGUCCCUCUGACCCAGAGGAGGCUCUAUUCUAGUGAAAAGGCUUUGCUCCGUGUAUGAACAACUAGGAACAUCAUCCCACUAACCAAGACUGGCAUUCGCUCAAUCACCCAUGAAUAGCAUUUGCGAGGGCAUUUUUCAAAAGCAGCUCAAAUAUAAACUCAAAUUCUGAAUUUGUGCAUGCGUCCUCAAAGACAACAGAUAUGGGAGUUGAGGAAAAUGAUGGAUAAUAAGAAGAAAGGAUGUAGAAGAAGAAGAGGAGAAAUGACUGGGCGGUGCACACCACCCGUUUUCCCCUCCAUUUUGAUGGGCGGGGAGUUUCUAGCAUGUCUCAACAGAGAGGAGCAGAGCGGUACAGAUGGAGAAAGAGGAGGGGCUAACUCACUGUGUGCAUAGACAAUGGAAGACCUCAUGUAUAACCUCUGGGUCUCUUCUGUACGGCACACACAGUCAGCCGUACAGUAGGGCCAUUCUAAAUCCACCCGGCUCUUCUCCAAAAGCACUGGGCGGUCUGCCCUGUUUGUAACGGCCAGGCAGAUUCCAUGCUGAAUGUUCUCUUAAGGCACAACAGCAGAGUCCUUAGCUUCAGCGCUUUAGUGUUAAGAGUACCACAGCCAAUUCUCUGAUCACUCUUCCAAAUAGACCCUCAACAACCCACACACAGUGUUCUCACUGGCCUGUGUGUGUGUGUGUGCGUGAGAGAGUGUGUGUGUGUGGACUGUGUGAGGAUUAAAUCUCUCUUCCUCUCUACCACUCUUUCUCUGCCUCUUUCUUUCUCUCUCUCUCUCUUUCCUCACAAAUUAAGGCUACGUAUAUAUAACACGUUUAUCAGACAAAAUGGCCUAUACAAAUAUAUAUUUUUAAUGAUGAUUUAUAACAGGAGUUAGAGCCUGUAAAAUGUAAUAUCUCUUCAACAAUAUUCCAUUGCUUUGUUUGGGAAAACUUUCUCUUGUGUUCGGGGAUUUGUUUUGGUCCUUGACCAUCGAUUUGCCCUUCCACAACACACAGUCCUGACACACAAACACACAAAGAAACUAACUGAGAUAUAACUGAGAUAUAAAUGAGCUAUAACUGAGAUAUAAAUGAGCUAUAACUGAGAGAUAUCUGAGGUAUAACUGAGAGAUAUCUGAGGUAUAACUGAGAAAUAUCUGAGGUAUAACUGAGGUAUAACUGAGAUAUAACUGAGAUAUAACUGAGUUAUAACUGAGCUAUAACUGAGAUAAAACUGAGAUAAAACUGAGAUAUAACUGAGAUAUAUCUGAGAUAUAACUGAGCUAUAACUGAGAUAUAACUGAGCUAUAACUGAGAUAUAACUGAGCUAUAACUGAGAUAUAACUGAGCUAUAACAGAUAUAACUGAGAUAUACCUGAGCUAUAACUGAGCUAUAACUGAGCUAUAACUGAGAUAAAACUGAGAUAAAACUGAGAUAUAACUGAGCUAUAACUGAGAUAUAACUGAGCUAUAACUGAGCUAUAACUGAGCUAUAACUGAGCUAUAACUGAGAUAUAACUGAGCUAUAACUGAGAUAUAACUGAGCUAUAACUGAGAUAUAACUGAGUUAUAACUGAGAUAUAACUGAGCCAUAACAGAUAUAACUGAGCUAUAACAGAUACAACUGAGAUAUAACUGAGCUAUAACACAUAUAACUGAGAUAUAACAGAUAUAACUGAGAUAUAUCUGAGAUAUAACUGAGAUAUAACUGAGCUAUAACUGAGCUAUAACAGAUAUAACUGAGAUAUAACUGAGCUAUAACAGAUAUAACUGAGAUAUAACUGACAUAUAACAGAUAUAACUGAGUUAUAACUGAGCUAUAACAGAUAUAACUGAGAUAUAACUGAGCUAUAACAGAUAUAACUGAGUUAUAACUGAGCUAUAACAGAUAUAACUGAGUUAUAACUGAGCUAUAACAGAUAUAACUGAGUUAUAACUGAGCCUCAGUGAAGCAUGUGUAUUAUCUUCUCCAGUUACACAUCUCACUUCCUGUGGCUAGAGUGUUUUGAGUUGAGGUACAGUAGCUAUAUAAUACACUAGUCAAACUUAUAGAUGGGGAAAGGUGGUGUGUGUAUGCGUGUGCAUGUGUAUGUGGGUGGUUGUGCAUGUGAAUGAGUGGGUAUGCAAAUGUGUGUGCUUGCGUGUGUGAGUUCCAGGCUCAUGAGAUUUGGUGCAAUAGUGUAAUGAUGAUAUGCAAUGAGACUGGGUUUGGGUGUCUUCAAAGAUAUAUAAUAAUACGUUAUAGGUAUAAUAUAUAAGUAUAAUAAUAUGUUUGCACUGACAGCAUUAAUACAGGUUUUAAUAGGGGGAGUGAGAAUAAGACAAAAUAAAAUAUGGAUUCCAGGGGUUUACAGACGCUCGUUUGUAUUUUGAACCAUUUGUUUACAACUUUUGAUUUGACGUUUAAAGAGUGAAGUUACUGGUGGAAGUGACCGUUCAUAUUUAUUGUUCUUUUAUUUCGUCUCACUUGCUUUUCCCAGUGAGAGAUGGAAAGUGGUAAUGUUUUGGAUUGAUUAUUUAUUAUUAAGUGCUCUCACUGUUUCAGUUUUAUUCACUUAGAAGUCUGUAUAUUCUAAUUUGUAACAUUUUUUUUUUUCACUUAAAGAAAUCUCAGUUUUUGGGGACUGGCCAGAACUGUUGUAAAUACAGAGGGGUGUGGGGUAUGGGACGCUGUUGCAAUGCAUACUGCUAAUUGGACAUUAGAGAAACCAUCAGUCUCAGCACUGGUACCUGAGCCCACAGCCCUGCUACCGCCUCUAAUACACAGGAACACAUCACUUUGAGUGGGUCUCUCACACACACACACACACACACUCACACACACACACACACACACACACACACACAAGGCUAAGAUAUCAGCACUUCUUAUUCUCUCUCUCUCACACACACACAAACAUACACAAGCACACACAUUCUACAUGAAUGGAAUAAUAGUAUGUUAUUCAUUUCUUUAUUUGAAAAAUCAAAUGUAUUUCUUAUUCUCUGUCUCAGACAUCCAUAUCAUAGUGUGAUACUCCUAAACAAAAUAUAUAUACAUUUUUACUGAAUAGACUGAUGAUAAAAUUACAUCGAAGUCAACUGAUGCAGAACAUAUGUUUAAAAUGAUUUAUCUUGCAAAAGAUAUUUAACAAUGACAAUAUCAAGCAAACUAAUAUGUUUCAUUUAAGUGAAUCGCUUGUUGUAAAUUAGCUAUAAAGACAAGAAAAUUAAUUAAAAUAAGCUUUCUGGAAGAAAAAAA